UUUGCACCUCGUCGCCGACGACGCUGGCUAUCCGAUUUGAAGAAGGGGACAACAUGGAAGCACUCGUGGGCCAGGUUCAUCUUCCUGCGGAGAUCCAAAGCAUGACUGAGAGAGACUUUCUCGCCAAAACCAACGUCGAACUCGCGUUUGGACUUACACGUGACGAAGCUAUUGCACGGCGAUUGCUGCAUGGAGUGAAUAGAGUCACACCGCCUGUCAACUGCCCGUCCUGGGUGUGCUGUCUGCUCCCAUGCAUCAUGCGCACAGAAGGCAUGCGACUAUACACAAACCACUCUCCGAAGGAAGUCAACGUUAUGCGGAGUGGAAAGAAACUUUGCAUGGAUGCUGCAAGUUUGGUCUUUGGCGACGUCGUCAUUUUCAAAGCUGGCGACACCGUGGCCGCGGACUGCCGCCUCCUGGAAUGCUCGGAAGACUUUACGGUGGAUUUAAGCUCGCUAGCGAACGAAAAGAUUCCCCGGGUGUGUUCGGUGCAGUGCACGGACAAGGAGAAUGGCGUCCUGAGCCGGAACAUGGUGUUCAUGGCGACGUCGGUUGUCAAAGGGGAUGCCAUUGGGGUCGUUGUUGCGACUGGAGACAACACGGUAUGGGGCCAGCUGAUCUCCAACCACAAAUGGCCGCUCGCGACAGACAACCAGAGCGCUGAGAGCGAGCGAUUCAUCGGCAACAAAGCUUAGUCCGUUGGCACUGCUUCAACAUAAAACAAUCAAACGACACGUUUACUCGUUCGUUCGUAUUCAAUUCGCGGCUGUUCAGUUGAACGAAAGAUAGGAUUCCA